AUUGAAUAUAUUUCUCAAUUUUUUUUAGGGUUAGGUACAGAAUCACUAUAAUAUACAUAUAUUUAAAAAAAACAUGGUGUCUAGCCGCAGUAAUGAAACCGAUUUAGAGCAACCUUGUUUUGAUAAUCCAAAAGACGAAGCUCUAUACUGGAAACAGAUUGCUGAAGAUUAUAUACAAAAGCUACAAGAUGUCAGGGACGAAUUUGAUGAGUUUCAAGAAGGUAGUAGAGAACUUGAACAAGAACUUGAGGCUCAAUUAGAACAAUAUGAACAAAGAGUUAAAGAUUUAGUUAAUACAAAGAGUUCAUUAGAAGAAGAAAAUGAAAUGCUAAAGGAAAAACUUGAAUCAACUUCUCGAGACACAUAUUUACAAAUAACAGCACUACAGGAUGAAAAUGCCCAGGUAAAAGCUGUAAAAGAGGAAAUGUCAAAAUAUAUACGUGAACUGGAGCAAGGUAACGAUGACCUGGAAAGAUCGAAAAGAGCAACAAUAUGUUCACUGGAAGAAUUUGACGCCAGACUAAAUAGUGCCAUCGAACGCAAUGCUUUCCUUGAAAAUGAAUUAGAAGAGAAAGAAGAACUGAUGAUCACUGUACAAAGACUAAAAGAUGAAGCCAGGGACUUAAAAGCUGAUUUGGCACUUAAUAGUAGACAGCGCCACCAGUCGCUGAGCGAGUCGAAAUCAAAAAUAACGGAAACCGAACACAACGCACAUAUAUCGCAUCAAGCUAAUGAUACACCAGAUGGGAACAAGUUGCACAAAGAGCCCUCCACGCCUAAAAAACCGAUCGACACAAUUGAACAUAAUACUCCAAAAACACACCACGAUUCGUUUGAAUUGGAGAAGAACAGAACAAAUAGUUUACUGUCGGCAAAUUCUACGACGCCGAUGAGUAGAGGUAAUCCAAAUUCAAUGACUCCGUCGGCGAGGAUUUCCGCUUUAAAUAUAGUUAGUGAUCUACUACGAAAAGUUGGGGCUUUAGAAUCCAAACUUGCCAGCUGUCGAAACUUCGUUCAAGACCAUCCUAGGAACGGUAAAACACCUCACAACGUGCACGGUGUGACUCCAAUCACAGAUUCGCCCAAAGGCAAGCCAAAGAAUAUGAACACAAAAAACAAUUCAAAAAACGUAUCCGGCUUGGUAAAAGAUAUGGCGAAUACGAAGUUGGAAACCUAGAUAAUUUCACUACUCGCAAAGCUACUCAGGUUCUUUCUGUUUUAUGAGCAAGAUAUAAAUUUGUGAAUAUAAGUUAUUUGUAACCCCUUGCUUGCGUUGCUGCUCCACUUUUGUUAUCACGUUUCUGACUCUUCCACUAAAACAGCAAGGAGGGUUAGUUAUGUUUGUUACACGUAUGAAUAAUAUGUUACAGUUCUUCAGUUUUAAGAGAACACUUCUCGCAAGAUUUUCCCCGGUUUAAAUUGACAUUAUCCAUGAUCAAACCUACGCAGACAAAUAGUGUUGUUUUGAUUACUACUUUAAAAGGUUCAGUGAGGCUGUUGCUUACAUUAACUUCCCUUCUAAAACAAUCAAUUUCUGCUUUUUUUUUUCGGCAGUAGUAAAGAUACAUAUCAUAACUCCAUUCCGCUUUUUAUCGUAUUCUGUAUUAUCUGUAUGAUGAAAAUAAAGUUUCGUGCUUUAGUUUACUUCGCAUCGUGUACUCAUAAGAGUAUUGUUAACAUAAUAAUUGUAAAUAUAACUUGGUUAAUCUUUUAACGAAAAUAAGUAGAUUAUAUACGGAA